UAUGUAAACAAUACAGUUCUUUCCCUGUCAGCUCCUGCAUACUGCUUUGUAUGGCUCUGCAUAGCACAGCACACAGUAAAACAGCACACACAGAGUAAUGCAAACCAGCAUGAUUACACAGUAAAACAGCACACAGUUAACCCUUUGAUCACCCCUCAUGUUAACCCCUUUCUGCCCAGUGUCAGUGCUUCUUAUUAGCACUGAUCACUGUAUUAGUGUCACUGGGGAUGUCAGUGGCAGUUAGUCAGUCCCCCCCCCCCGUGUCAGAAGCCCGCCGCAGU